AUGCUUCAAGAAACUCCAGCAUCUUUAAUCCAUUCAGCUAUAGAUAGUUUUGAGAUCGAACCAGAUUUACAUAUACUAAGAAGAAUAGAAGAGGCUAUUCAAAAAGCACAAAAUCAAAGAAAUCUUAUAAUAGAAACCCAUGAAAACAAAAUUAAUCAACUUACAAGAGAAUAUGAAACUCUUUUAGCUGAAAUUGAAGCACUUACUUCAGCUAGUGGAGUCUCGUUUGAAAUGGCCCGUAAAUUUGGUAGUCAAUCUAUGUCCACCACAUCCAUCGAAGAAGAUAACAUCUUUAAAGUAUUCCAAAAGAAAUCAAUUGAAUUAGAUGGAUUGAAAGUUCUGCUUGCUAAAACUUUGAACGAUUUGGAGAGUCAAAUCAAUCUGAUGAAUAUCAUAAUUUUGAAAUUAACGGAAUCAUUAGAUCAAUUAGAAACCAAAAAGGAAAGAGUAAUUAAUGAUAAUUUUUUAAAUAAUCCAGACUCUAAAAUUAUGAAAAUUAAUUUAUAUAAAUCACUUGGAAUUUUAAUUGAAAAUUUUGAUCAAGUCAAUGAAAAUGGUGAUGGGAAAGAUCGGAUAUUAAUUUAUAAUCGUGAAACUGAUCUUACAAACAUUCUUAAUGUUUCUGAUAAGUAUAGUGAUUAUUUUAUCACUAAUCACAUAUGGGACAGUUUAUAA